AUGAUAGAAGAUUUUUUUAAAAAAAAUAAAGACCAACAAAUUACAUAUGAUCAAUGUUUUUCCUAUUUUAAGAGUUUGGAAAAUUGUAAAGAUCCAGAAACUCUUUCAGAUUGUCUAUUUUCAUCAUUGGAUAAGGACCGUAAUGAAACAAUUUCUAAAAAAGACUUUGAUAUUCAAAAAUUUUUUGAUGAUUUGAAUCUAUGUUCUGAAAUUAUAAAUAGAAACUAUGAUAACUUGUUAAAUGAAUUUGAUGGCAACAAAGAUGGUAAAAUCACUUGGGAGGAAACAUUUAAUGUCUUCAAAAAAGACCCAUCAAUCGGUUAUUUUAGUUGUGAAAACAUGACCAGAGUUUUCUUCCAAAUUUUGGAUACCAAUAAUGACAAAGUAAUCACCAUAGAUGAUUUAAGAAAAGCCAAAGAAAGGGAUGAAGAUCUUUAUUUAAUAGAAUAA